AGAAAGAGUCUUCUCGAGAGACACUUCAACGAUAUUAGAUCCGAUGACGAUUUUGAGGACAACGAAAGUGACAACGGCAGCAACGAGGACGACAAUGGCAGUAACGAGGGCAAUAACGAUAACGAUGGUGAUGACGAGAUUGUCGACGAGAGUGGUGUCUCCGGUGGUGCCAUCGAUCCCAAUCGGGCCUUCUCGCACCGAGUCUGCUUCAGAGAAGUCCUUCAUGACGGCCAUUG